UCCUUUGUUUUAAAACAGAAGAAGAGUAGCUACCACUCCACUCCUCUGUAUUCUCUUCUCCUAUACAUACGUUUCCGUUUGAGCGUGCUUUCCUGUCUUUUCUCUUUGUUUAUGUUCUUUGUCUCUCUGGAUCAGCGUUAGAUAUAUUCUUCCCAGCAAUCGAAUCGAAUCCGCCAUUGCUUUCGCAGCGAGCUUAUAACGAGAAGAAUCAAUCGCGAAAGGACGAGGAAAAGACCGGGAGAAGAUGGAGAGAAGCACUCCGGUGAGGAAACCACACACGUCGACGGCGGAUCUGUUGACAUGGCCGGAGAAUCAGCCGUUCGAGUCUCCUGCCGCUGCUCGCUCCGCCGUCAGAUCACACCAGCCGUCGGAUGGGAUCAGUAAAGUGGUGUUUGGAGGCCAAGUGACGGAUGAGGAGGUGGAGAGCUUGAACAAGAGGAAACCUUGUUCAAACUACAAAAUGAAGGAGAUCACGGGGAGUGGCAUCUUUUCAGUGCAUCAAGAUGAUGAUGCGUCAGAACCCGGAAGCGCCGACCUGACCGCAAACGGCAAAUCAAGAGCAUAUCAGCAUCCCCCAGCAGCUAUUGUAAGCCACAUAUCCUUUGGCGAGGAAGGUAUUAUAACUCCGAAGAAGCCUACUACAGUACCCGAGGUUGCGAAGCAGCGUGAGCUCAGUGGCACGCUGGAGAGCGAAUCUGAUGCUAAGUUGAAGAAACAGAUUUCAGAUGCCAAGUGUAAGGAGCUUGUCGGUCAUAAUAUAUUUGCUCCUCCACCCGAGAUUCAAGCUCGGCCUACUGUUCGUGCUUUGGCAUACAAGGACAAUUUUGACUUGGGAGAAUCAGACGCCCAAACUCAGAAUGGGGAAGAAAACGUGGUGAAGACGGCGAAGAAGAUCCCAGAUAGGAAAUUCACCGACCUAUCAGGAAACAACAUAUUCAAGGGCGACGUUCCUCAGGCGUCAGAAGAGAAGCUCCUAAGCAAUGCCAAGUUGAAAGAGAUCAGUGGCAACGACAUAUUCGCAGACGUUAAGGUCAAAUCCCGUGACUACUUUGGCGGCGUACGCAAACCUCCGGGUGGAGAAAGCAACAUUGCUCUGGUCUGAAAAGCCUGCCCAAACAAGCAAAAUCCAAUUUCUCCAUUAGAAGGUCUAACACUCUCUUCCCUCUGAAUAUUUGAUGCCAUAUAUAUAUUUAUCAUCUUCAUAUAUAUCUUCGUUGUCUUUUUUCGACAUUUUAACGGAUUUGUGUGUUUAUAAGAUCGGAAAAAGAAAGACCCAUUGUGUGUUAUUGGGAGCUGCAGUCUUAGGUUCUGUUUGAUUCUAUUCUGAUGAAACUUCUCUGGCUAUAAUCGGGUACUGGAAUGUUUGUUUGGAAUGUUUUGGGGCUAAUAUGUGAAGUGAUAAGAAUA